GACGAUGGUUCGGUGAAGCCGCCAAUAUCAAUGUCCUGAGCGUGAACAAGGGCUUGUUUUACUUAAGGCAACUUGGUUGUUUGCAUUUGUAUAGUGAGGUAAUGUCUUUCUGGUUUUGUUCUGACCUUUUUCAAGAUCUAUGAAACGCUGCCUGCAGAGGUUGCUUGCAACCUCCGUUUGCAGCUAUAGAUCGUAUACAAGCAAUAAGUAUGACCAGUUGGCAGGGGAAGCAAGCAAAGGCGCAGAACCGUCUUAACUCUUGCCAUUAGCAAUCCAUCCACUGGCUGGGAUGGAUAAAAUAAGGGGGGAAUAGUAGUAUCUCCUAAACGUUGCGUUUCUAUUCGUCGCUGCCAUUCAGUAGUAUUAUCCGCAUCAAGUGACAGUUUUGAAUACUUUUCGUUCCGUUUUUGGGUGUUAACCAAUUUACUGAACCAUUAUUUUCAACACCUAGACAUAAGAAAGCUGCUGUAACACAGAAACAUCACCGAAGAUGACGGUUGCGCAUCUUGCAUGUAAAGUUGAUUUUAACCACUUAAUCGCGCGUUCCCAGCGUUUUUUUUUCUCCACGACAUUGCAGAAACUUAUACGUGGGAUUGUGUGAAGUAUAUCGGCCCCGCAAUCCACACUACGAAUAACAUACGUCGAGCUUUUCUAAUUAAUCUAAAAACAUAAAAAGUGUAAUGAACGGAAGGUAAUAGCAGACACAUUCACAGCCAAACACAGAAAGAGAACAAAAUUCAGAAGAAUACAAGUUGUGCAGUGCAGUGAGAGUCAGUUUUACGUUCUUGUAGCCCUUACUCGUUGCAUAUCGCACUGCUGCUGCAGCUGCUGGAACUGAAAGAUGAAUACUGAUUGACCAUUUAAAGAGCCAGCCGCCUGGGACGACGAAAGGGAGACGCCCAUCUGUAAAUACGUCCAAAAGCAUUGUCCUUUUCCAUGUGCAUCGUUUUCAAAUUACGUUUUGUCAAAACUGUUUUUCAUCUUUGACAUCAAAUCAUGUAAUUUCCUCAAUAUUUUUUACAUUUUUUUUAAACCUCAUUUUUUCCAGUGAAAAAAAAGAAAGAUAUCAUUUUGUAAGAAAGUUGAGGAAUGUGUCUGUUUCUCAGUUUAUGGAGAACUGUGAUAGUAAAAGGAGAGGUUCAUCAUUCUUAGCUUUUCUGAUGGUUUGUUCAGUUCACCACCACCCUCCCUAAUAACAUUUUCACGUACAACGAGUAGUAAAAUUGAAGGAAAAAGUUUAUCAUAAGCAGCAACAGCAGAAAUAUCAUUCUCCCCUCCCAUCAUCCCAAAGCAAUUGUCUCAACAUUUAGCCCGCGAAACACUUGCAAUCAGUUCCGUGCCGACCCUCUCCCAGUAGAAUGCUUGCUAACCAACUGAAAACAGUAAUUAUUCACACACUAUCGCUUAACAUAAAACAAAACAAACAAAAAACAUAUAUAGUGACCACCACGACUGCACGGUGUGGUGUGGUCCAUGUCCAAUGCCAUAUGUAAAAAUAGCAAUCAGCAAAACAGCUUACGGAAGCGAUUCUGUCCAAUUUAUAUACAUACAUAUAAAUAUGUAGCCGAAUUCCGUUUGUUUUAAAACAAAACUGCAUAGCUACAAAAUGGAAGAGACACUUACACACACACACACUCAGCAUAAAACAAGAACGAAUGGGGAUAAAACAUGCUCCAACACAACACAACUACUAAUCAUAAGAAGAUAACAUUUAAAAAAAGAAAACAAAGCUGCUAAAACAUUAACAUAAAAAACAAACAACAGAAUAACAAAACAGAAAAAAAACCCACAAUAGCUAAUCAGGAGUAGUUUAAGCAAAUGGGAAUGGGUAAAGAAAGAUGACAAAAGCCGAACACAAAACGAAACAAACAAACAAACAAAACACCCAAAACAUGGUGAGUAAAUGGUGCAGUGUUUUAGUUGCCAUGUCUUUUGUUUGGAACGAAAUCUCUGUAAAAAGUGUCAUCGAAGCCUUCCGAGACUCCUUACGAAGGACGCAAACUCGACACAUCAUACUCCCGGCAAGAUGUAGCUGUGUACAAAACUAAACCUCUUUCAUUAGCAACACUAGACUAGAGUGAUGUGGUAUGUUUGUGUGCGAGUGUGUGUAAUAGUUUGAUUUGAAGGUAGUGAAACAGUAAAAACUGCAAUAAGAAGAGUGUAAGCGCGCCGAGGCCGGUUUGAGUAAGAGUAGACACAGGAACACAAGAAAAUGUUUGAGCCGUCUGGGAAAAGCAAUGUAGAAAGUGGAACAAUUUAGCAAACAGAAGAAAAAGAAAAGGGAAAUUCUCUAGAAAUCAUUUAAAAAAAAAACAUGCAACCGGAAGUACGAAAGCAGAUAACAAUCAUUCGAAAAUGGGGCGACAACAGAACGCAAAACACUAUGCGUAAAGCAGAGACGUCGAACAAGACGCAAACGGACAUUAGAGGCAAACGUGGCAGAUUCGGCUAGGGCGGACGGUAGUAAAUUGUAUAAAAACAACAAGUCUGGCAUUGGAACUGGGACAAAGUGUAUGGAAAAAAGAGAAGAAAAUAUGGCAGUGUCUGGAUGGGGACGAGCAAUAGAAAACACACACUAUAUCAAAACUCGAACAAAUGACGCGAGCACAUAGUGAGUUGGUUGGGUUUAAGGUGAAUUACAUCAAUUGGGAAAGGAUGCAUAAUACUUAGCGUUUACAGUACCAUAGCUCAACAAAACAAUACAAAAAGCAGCCCGCUGCAUUGAUGCAGCGAGUGCAGAAAACAAAACUGAAAUCAGAUUUCCGAUCCAAUUUGCAAAUUUGCAGUAGAAAAGUGUAUGUGUGGUGUGAGGGGUAAUGAGUAAAUAAAGCAAAACAUAAACAUAAACACACACACACACACAUGCAAAACCCAUGAGUGAAACAAACAGAAAGAAUUCGUGAUCGAUGCUUCAUUAAACAAAAAAAAAAAACAAGAAUUAUAAGCCAGCUGUGUACAGAUCUACUAAGUUUCAAAAUGAAUGAUGCCCAACUCCUAAACGCACGAACGCAACUACGUCAGCACGUUGCCAGCUUAAAAAAAACUGACCAUCCAGUGCUUAGCAAUCAGGCGCUACGUAUUACAACCCAGUUAUCAUUACAUACAGAUCAUUAGAAUGGCAUCGACUUUCGGUGGAUUUAUUGAAUGUCCUAGGCGAAUGCGCAGCACGGAACGGUACAGCAAUGGUUCGGGGAUCGAAUUAUUGCUUUCUCCAAGAUAACACAUAAGAUAAGAUAGCACACGCAAACACAUUUUAAAAAUCUGCUCUUUUACCGCAACCCUGCAAUCAGCAUCAUACGGUAAAUGAGGGGAAGAUAAAACGAUGAGCAAGAAAGAGAAAAAAUCCCAGCAAAUUCACAGACAAGAAGAGGAAAAAAACACACACACAUACUCACAGACGCGCGCGCGUAAAGGCAAAAAAGGAUGUUUUUGCGGAAAAAACAUUAGUAAAUAAACAAUUGAUAAAUUGAUUAAGAAAA